CCCCUUGCUAUGCCACAAUCUUUCUUUCCCCGGAUGAAGUCCUCAUCCCAGCGCGCGCGCGCGCACAGACAGAGAGGGAGAGUGAGAAUGGGUCGCUCCGUUUUCUCCCAUUUCUUGAAUCUCUCCAAUCACUCCCCUCGUUUUGCCGCUACAACAAUCGGAUAUCGCCUUCAAACUCGCAGGAGCUACUCAAAAAGAAGCGGAGGAAUCGCACCACUCGGUCUCCCAAAUCGAUACACAGCCAGUGUCCGUUGCCUCUGUACUGUCUCCGCCACGCAAUCGGACGUUUCUGAAGCUCCUCCAAGCUCCAUCAAGAAGAGGGUUGUUUCUGGGGUCCAACCAACAGGAUCAAUACAUCUUGGAAAUUACCUUGGUGCCAUUAAAAACUGGACUUUGCUUCAGAAUACUUAUGAAACACUCUUCUUCAUUGUGGACCUUCAUGCGAUAACCCUACCAUAUGAUGCCAAACAACUAUCUAAAGCAACUAGGGAUACGGCUGCUAUUUAUCUAGCAUGUGGGAUAGACCCAUCCAAGGCUUCUGUCUUUGUGCAGUCUCAUGUUCAUGCCCAUGUAGAACUGAUGUGGCUACUUAGUUCCACCGCACCAAUUGGUAGAUUGAACAGAAUGAUCCAAUUUAAAGAGAAAUCACGCAAGGCGGGAGAUGAAAAUGUUGGAGUUGCCCUUCUGACUUAUCCUGUUCUUAUGGCCUCUGAUAUUCUUUUAUAUCAGACUGACUUGGUCCCAGUUGGUGAGGAUCAGACACAACAUCUAGAGUUGACCCGAGAGUUGGCCGAGAGGGUAAAUUAUUUAUUUGGAGGAAAGAAGUGGAAGAAAAUGGGAGGACGGGGUGGUGCACUUUUUAAGGUUCCUGAAGCCCUCAUUCCUCCAUCUGGAGCUCGUGUGAUGUCUCUUACAGAUGGUCUUUCCAAGAUGUCCAAAUCUGCACCUUCUGAUCUGUCCCGAAUCAAUCUUCUUGAUGCCAAAGAUGUAAUUGCCAACAAGAUAAAACGAUGUAAAACGGAUUCAUUUCCUGGGUUGGAAUUUGACAAUCCUGAUAGACCUGAAAGUAACAACCUUCUUUCAAUUUAUCAGCUAGUUACAGGAAAGACGAAAGAGGAAGUCACACAAGAAUGCAAAGAUAUGAACUGGGGCACAUUUAAAAUCAAUCUCACGGACGCUUUGAUUAACCAUCUCCAUCCCAUCCAGGUGCGCUACGAGGAAAUCACAUCUGAUGCACCUUACUUGGAUAAAGUACUGUUAGAGGGAGCUACAAAAGCUGCUGAAAUAGCAGAUGCUACUCUCAAUAAUGUCUACCAAGCGAUGGGAUUCUUGCGGAGAUGAGCAGAAUCGAUGCCGUGAAAAGGUCAGUCGGAAAGCAACCUUAGAGUUAACUUUUGGAUGAUCCAAUUAAUGCCCCUUGAGUGAUUUUAUUCCCAAGAUCACUUUCUUGAUGAGGGUAAAAGGCUUAUUCCAUCAAGAAGAUUCCGCAGCAGCGUAAUUCCUUGAUACGCAACAACCUCGUCUUCUUCUUUUCCUAGUAUUGCUUUUCUGAUGCUGCCAUAUUCUUUUCGUUUAUUGAACUGCCAGCUUUAAUACCAAUAGCUGAAUUAGGCUCGAUUCUUUAAUUCCUGCCCUUGUGAGGACAAGAACUGCUCUCCCUGCACAUGCAAAUGUGGUAUCAUGUGUGAGAUCCAGGUCAUUCAUCUGGUGGGCCUGACUGCUUUAGUCCUUCAGCCUGAAAAUUAGUUGUUUGUUUAUCAGGUGGGAUAGUAAUAUGAAGUAUACUUUGUUUA